CCCCGCCCGGCCCGUGGCGGCCCGGCAGAGCACACGUACGGGGAGGUGAACCAGCUGGGUGGUGUCUUCGUGAACGGGCGCCCGCUGCCCAACGCCAUCCGCCUGCGGAUCGUGGAGCUGGCCCAGCUCGGCAUCCGCCCGUGCGACAUCAGCCGCCAGCUGCGGGUCUCGCACGGCUGCGUCAGCAAGAUCCUGGCCCGCUACAACGAGACCGGCUCCAUCCUGCCCGGAGCCAUCGGGGGCAGCAAGCCGCGUGUCACCACCCCCAACGUGGUCAAACACAUCCGCGACUACAAGCAGGGCGAUCCCGGCAUCUUCGCCUGGGAGAUCCGCGACCGGCUGCUGGCCGACGGCGUCUGCGACAAGUACAACGUGCCGUCGGUCAGCUCCAUCAGCAGGAUCCUGAGGAACAAAAUCGGCAGCCUCUCGCAGCCCGGCGGCCCUUACGACGGCGGCAAGCCCCCCCCGCAGCCGGCCCUGCCCUACAACCCCCUUUACCAGUACCCGUACCCCGGUCCCAUGGCCCCGCCGGCAGCCAAGAUGAGCGCUCAUCCCGGGCCCGUCCCCGCGGCCCACGUCGGGCUGCCUCGCUCCUGGCCCUCGGCUCAUUCUGUCACCAACAUCCUGGGCAUCCGCACGUUCGUGGAGCAGACGGGCGCUUUGGGUGGUACGGAGGGCUCUGCCUACCCCCCCAAAAUGGAAGACUGGCCCGGCGUGAACAGGACUGCCUUCCCUUCCGCCCAGGCCGACAAAGCCGCGGUGGAAGGGGACAUCAAAUACCCGCAGCCCGCCCCGGGACUCUCCUCCGUGGGCAGCUUUCUCCCGGCCUGCGCUUAUCCCCCCGGUAACCAGCACGGCGUCUACGGCGCGCCCGGCGGCUACAUCCCCCCGGGACACCCCUGGCAGCCGCAGGGCCACCACGGCCCCGGUGUGACGGUACAC